UCCUUCAAAAUCAAGUCACUUCUUAGUGAUUAAGAGUUGGUUACUUAUUUUAAAAAUUUCCACCACUAAUGUAUUGUUUUCUUUUUCUUCAUUAAAUUUGUUCGCCUAUCAACAUCGGUGAGACUCCGUGAUGAAAAAUUGAAAAUCACACAAUGGUCUAUGGACCCACAACAAACCAUUCAAAACAACCUCGUGUCAAAACGGUGACGUUCAAACUUAAUCACAUCACAUAAAGCAGCUACACUUAAACAAGAACAAGAAAAAGAAAAAACAAGAUUCUCUCUCUCUCUCUCACAUGGCUCAUCUCUUAAACCGCGUUAGAUCUUCCUGGUCGUCGAUCUUACCAUUAACUAUAACAUUCCUCGUCAUCUUCACCGGAAACUCACUCGCCGGAGAAUUACGUCCUUCCGAUCAUGGCUUACAGUACCAAUUCAGCUCACCACCGACAGAAUCUCACUCACCUCCGGGAAAAAUGAAGUCCUUCUUUGGAGAUUCUCAUUCUUCUUCUCCUCCUCCUUCUCACCCUCAGCUCCUCCCUAAAGCCACGGCGGCAGACGGCGGAGACGACGAUUCUUGGUGGCGAGAUGGAGCUGGGAUCAGACGUGAUCACGUGAUGAGGCACGUGUUUCUUGCGGCGAGUAUCAUCUGCGGCGUCUCCGGCGUUGCGCUUCUGGUGGUUUUUACUUUGAUUUACUUCUUUAGGUAUCGUAAACAUAAUCAUUCGAACUCACCCACCGGUAACGAUUCUAAAGAAAUUAUAUUUUGAUUAUUGUUCUUCUUAGAUUUAAAAUUUUAAUUGUAAUCUUUACUUAUUUUUUUCAACUGAUCUUUUACUUUGUAUAAUUUUUUUUUUUUUUGCACUUUGCUUUAUUUCGACGACUUUUAUGUUUUGUUGCGCUAGAGGGUUAUAAAGAGCACUGUUACACCCACAUAUUAUUGUUGGCAAAAAGACAAGGAAAAAAAAAGAGGAGAAGAAUUAUUAUAUUUUGUGGUUAUAAGGACUUGUGAAGCUUCGAAUUGUAUGUAUUGUCCAAUAUAAAAUGAUUAAAAAUGACGAAGAAGGUUUAUACUUUAUAGUUCAUUAAU